CCGACAUUUAGCUUGAAGAAACCCCACGGCCAAAGAUCAAUUUUUUUUUGGUCAAGAAGAAGAAGAAUCACCGACGAUAGACACCAUGGCAAUGUAUAUCCGUGUGAAGCGUAAUAAGACCACCUACUUUAUUCAAUGUGACCCAACUGAGACAAUUCUACAAAUGAAGGAGAAAUUGUCUAACCUCAUAGAUCAACCUGCUAAUGAUCAGCAAUUAGUCCUGAUGCCUGCUGGAGAUGUGUUGGAAGACUCGAAGUCCCUAGCUGAUCAGAAGGUUGAAAAUGACGCUGUGGUGGCGCUGACUCUGAGAAAAGAUGACAAUGAAUUCGAGGAUGUGAAUAUCGUGAAACCAGAUGAUGAAUUUUAGCAGCCUCACGAUUCAGAUGGUGGUGCAAAUCGGUGACAACGUACAUUCUGGGAACAUCUAAUCCUCAACAAAGAUCUGUAUACUUGUAAACUGGCAAUUGAUUGACCUGCAUCUGGUUCUUCUAAAAUACUCAGAUAGCCUUGAGUUUCAUGCUGUAGGAAAGUUUCUGAUAUCGUCGCGGUUCUGUUUAGCAAUAUACUGUUCAAGAGAACUACUUUUUAUGAUUUUUGCAAUGACUAGAGCUCUAAGAUACAGACAUAA